UUCCCAUUCCCAAACCUUGGCUGGAUGGAGGAAGAGGCUGUGAGGAAGAGGAAGAUGCCCCAGGACAGCCAGGCAGACAAGGAGCUGAGGAUGGAGACCAGGGAGGACAAAUCCCCAUGGCAGGACCUCAUGGAAGAGGCUGUUUUAAGUGGCUCCAUGGCACAGGAAUCAAAUCAGGGGAAAAAGCGCCAGAGACCCUGCAGGAGGAAGGACUCCAAACCCAUCCCAGGGGGCAACGAGGAGGAAAGACCCACCCUGUGCCAGGAAGGUGGACAGAGCUUCAGCCAGAGCAACACCACGGUCCAGCACCAGAUCAUCCACACCAGGGAGACGCCCUACGAGUGUCCCAAGUGUGGGAAGAGGUUUCAGACCAGCUCCACUCUCCUACACCACCAGCAGAUUCACACAGAGGAGAGGCCCUUCCGCUGCCCCGACUGCAGGAAGGGCUUCAAGCAAAACUCCCACCUCAUCAGGCACCAGCGCAUCCACACUGGGGAGAGGCCCUACGAGUGUCCCCAGUGUGAGAAGAGCUUCACCCAGAGGUCUCACCUGAGCCAACACCAACGCAGGCACCCGUAAGGGAAGCCCUGCGAGUGCCCUGACUGUGGGGAAAGCUUCCUGCACUGCUCCAACUCCAUCCCCCAUCAGGGGACCCACAUUGGGAAGACACUGGGCUGGUGGUCCUUUAGUUUGGUGGUCCCUAAUAUUCUUUUGAUUCAUCUUCCUCCCUUUAAAACCAGUAAAAUUGGGUUGAGAAUCAACAAAUUCA